ACAGUAUAUGUGAAGCCCUUUGCGCCUCUAUUGCUGUAUUUAUGGUGGCUUAAGUCGGGAUGGGCGGGAUCACAGGCCUCUUGCAGCUCUCAUUGUCACCACGGCGCGCACAUAUGCACAUUAGUAUUAGAGCCGCUCAGCAUCCUAAGCCUCCAGAAGCCACUGCCUUGCCCUCAUUGUGCCCUUUUUGCAGAAAAAAAUCUGAGAUAACUACCCCACCCCACCAGCUCAGAGAAGACACAUCAACUCACCAACUGCCUGUGUCAUCAGUCAGUGAAGCUCAUCCUCCAAGUCAGGUGACACAUCCCCUCCUCAGGGUCCGAGUAGGCAGGCAUGGCAGACGGCCGGCAACCAGAUGAGCACUGGGCCUCCCACGGCCAGGAGAAUGGUGAGAAUGGCUACUCAGCCUACAGUUCUGCCUACAGGGAGAAUGGAUAUCACGGUGGAGCAGCUCCCCAUCCUGGAACUACAGUGGAUGACUCAGCCAAUUUGCCUCCCUCCCCUCCCCCUUCUCCAUCCGCUGAGCAGAUUGGGCCCGUGGCACAAGAAGAUCAAAUAGAAGUUGUGAGUCAACAGCAGGAUGAGGAGGUGGCUCCAGAGGAGCCAAGCACUUACCAGAAGGAAGUCGUAUAUAAGCAGCCAGGAAUCUUGCGUCUAGAACAGACAGAUUAUUUGUCAGAGCCCCAGACCACACCUGAGCUUCUUAAUGGAGGAGGUCAUCAGGGUGAACACAGUAUGUCACAAAAAGGAGCUACUGUAUCUAUGUGCAGAUGGACUCAGCUUGACUGUGUUGGCUAUGCUGCUAGCAAAGCUUUUAGCUACAGUAUUGAUGUCUCAGUGCAAAGUUGUACGAUGUACUUCAAACUCACAGCCCAGCCAGAAGAAUGUGACUGUAAAGGAUCAUGUGAGCCUUCUACCAAAAAAGUUGAACCUCAAUCUCCAAUGUUACAUGGGAAGCAGGUAGUUCUUGAAACCGCCACUCUUGAAGGAGCAGAACUUGUUUUAACAGAGGCGUCCCUGUCAUCUUCAAUCAAGGAUGGUGAACAAGGCCAAAUAUUUGUGGCAGAAGAGGCAGCCAAGAACCACCUGCUUGUAAAGUCUAGGGCAAAAGAGGCAAAACAGUGUUCACCUGCAGAGGAUUCCUCACAAGAGAUGACAGAGUUAAAAGCUACAGCAGACAAUUUUGUAGAAGAAUGCGGAGCAAAAGCCUACUUUGAAACAUCCCCUAAAAGUCAAAAAGGGCUGUCACCCCAAAUACAAGGCUAUUAUGAACUAAACACUGCAGCAGUUCAGUUAAGUGGGAAAACUGGAGACAUAAUGAAGAAUCUAGAAGAAAAACAGGACAAGACAGUUAGGAUAUCCCCUAGUAAGAUGUCCUUAGAACAGAGAAGCUGCUCCUUGAAUAUUACUCCUGGGUCCUCAGGGGGAGGCAUAAAGAAAGGAAAGUCGAGGACCUUCUCAGAAAACUUGUGUCUAAUCAGUGGAAGCUUUGAUGAAUCUGAAAUUUACCCUUUGACACCGUGCAAUUUUCCUCAAGCUACUUCAAUUGCUCCAACGUCCAGUGACUUACCAGAGGUUAAUAACGUGACAUCAGAAACACCUCAACUUUCUGACAAGCACAAUGAACAAUCAAGCAGCCUAUCUGAGAUGUUAGACCUGGCUGGAGCUCUUCUGCUGCCAUCACAAGAAAGGAGAGAGGUGGACUACAUGAGACGGAAGUCAGUACCUGUUGAUGUCUCAGUUUUGGCUGGGAGUUCUUUGGCCAGGCUUGACAUCAGAGAUCAGACUUCUAUGUUGGAAGGGGAACGUCUGCUUGAUGAACUGGGCUACAGUGUCUUCAAUGAGUACUCAGGACCCAUGCCUUCUCCUGCUGAUGUACCCAGUCCUGGGAUUUUUUCGCACCAGCGUUUCCCUUGUACCUCAAGUGAGGUUGAAGAACAGGUUGGGGUCAAAGAAACUGGAUGUGUUCAAAAGGGAAUUCAACAACCAGAUCUCAAAGGCAGUAUAUCUGAGCUAUCUCAAAAGAUAGUUACUGAGAAGAAUGUUUCACCAAUAAAGACGUCCCUGAUUCUUGAAAAAGCUGUGACAAGUGGAGUAAAACCUGAUCGCCUGAGAAUACCAAUGAUUUUAUCAAAAGACAGGCCAAGUAGCCGGCCUGGUGACAUAAAGAUUCAAGUAAUCCCAGAGGUAGACAUUGAAAAGGAUCCUUCUAGAGAGGCAUCUCCCAUCCCACCAGACAAUUCCUUUACAUUCACUCCUACAGAAACUGAAAGCCAGGUUCCCCUAACUCCCACCAAUAUGUCCCCAGAUGAAACACCCUUAGAAAUCAAAGAGCGUAGAGAGAAAGCUGAAAAAUAUGUCUUAGUGGAGGUUGAAAUAGAGAAUGAGGUGAAAUCUGGGAGGACUGAUAAACAGCAAGUGUUCAUCAAAGAAAUGUCCAUACCUGAGCAGAAAGAAGCAAUGGAAGCUAGAGAAGAACCGGAAAUGGCAAACCUAGAUGUGCCUUCACUGUCUCCAGAGUCUCCAGGAGGAAGAGCAGACAUUGAUUGCACAGUGUUUCAAAUUAAGAAUGGGACACCAAGAAGUUUAGAAAACACAGAAAAGCAAGAUACCUCAAAGACUUUUCAGGAUUUAGGCACUGGUGCCCAAAACCAGAGACAGGAGGCGACUUUGCAAAGAGGCUCACCAAAGCCACAAAUUACCUCUCCAAUUAUCAUUAUACCUCAACCCAGGGUAGAAGAAGAGGCAGAGGACGAGGAUGAUAUUGAAAUUGCAGAAGAGCCUCAAGAGAUCACGGAUGAAGCUGAGGAGCCUGUUCACUCUAAAACAGUACAAAAACAAGAGGCAGUGAGAUUAAUAGUAGAUCAACUAGAGGAAGAUCCAAAGUCUGGAGCAGAAGAAUGGAGUCAUAGUGCCCUGAACAGUGACGAUGGGGAACCUGCAACAGAUAGUUCACACUUGUCUCUAUGCUCUGACCACAACCUACCAAUAGAGCCAGCCGAUAAAGGUGACAAGGAUGAAAGGAUAGGAAAGGCUGAAGACAUGGCAGAAGGCCCACAAAUAAACAGAGAAGUGAAAAGAGGGGAGGAGGAGAUGGUGAAGAAAGGCCAAACAAGAAAAAAAGAUGUGCAUAAAGUUACCUCUAAUAAGAUAAAGGAAGCAAAAAAGGAGGAGCGAAAGGAGAAAGAUGUGGAGAUCUGUCAAAAAGUUGAAGAGACAUCUAAUGUGGUCUGCCAAACCAGUCAGGCAGCUAAUGAUGAAACCACCAUGGACAUCUCUGUACUUGAUACAGACACUGGAUGGAUAGACUCACAAGAUGAUGACAAAAGUAUCAUGACUGAGCAAAUCGAAGCCCUUCCUCACACCCAGAAUCCUGCCAGUACACCCAUGGUGGUGGACAGACCCGCUAAACGGGCCCCUGGCAGAGGAAAUGGCACAACUGACAGCAAAGUGGCUCGCAAAGUAACCGGCCACCACUCGAGAGACGAGGCCAAGAAGAAAAAAGUAGGCAUUAAGAGGGCUGACCAGAUUAAGGUGUCAGCCCUCCAAAACCGCUCUCCAAAUCGAAAGAGUGUUGCCAAAGUGGUAGCCAGACACCCUAGGCCCGCUCUACUUUCCGGCACUGCUAGACGCAAGGCCACAGGUGUGGAAGGCCAUCAGCCCCUUACUGUGGCCCACCAGUCCAGGGAGAGACCCACUGAGAGAGCAUAUCGCAGCCCUGAAAAGAGAUCGUCCCUCCCCAGGCCGGCCAAAUCUCUGACACGCCACAUCCCUGCUGCUGAGCAAGAAGAUAACACCCCCUGCAGACCUGCCUGUACAGACUCUGCUCGUUCCCGGUCUGUCCGUAGUGGUGCCUCCACCCCUGGUUCCUCUGCUGUUACGCCCGGUACCCCUCCCAGCUACUCCUGCCGCACCCCGGGGUCUCGCACUCCUGGCAGCCACACACCCAAAUCCUUUAGUGUCCUCCAGGAAAAGAAGGUGGCAGUGAUCCGAACCCCACCCAAGUCGCCUUCCUCCGUUCAUCGCCAGUUAAAGGUCAUCAACCAACCCCUUCCAGACCUGAAGAAUGUAAAAUCCAAGAUCAAUUCCACAGCCAACCUUAAACAUCAGCCUAAAGGGGGACAGGUGCAAAUUUUACAUGAGAAGCUGGAUUUCACUCAUGUUCAGGCAAAGUGCGGCUCCAAGGAUAAUCUGAAGCACACACCCAAAGGAGGCAAUGUCAUGAUUCCAAGUGUCAAACUGGACUUUAGCCACAUCCAGUCUAAAUGUGGCUCUCUGGACAAACUCCAGCAUGCAGCAGGUGGAGGAAACAUCCAAAUCCAGAGCAAGAAGAUUAACCUGAGCCAUGUAACCUCUAAAUGUGGCUCAAUGUCCAACAUCCACCACAGGCCAGGGGGAGGCAAUGUGCGAAUUGAGAAUGUGAAGCUGGAGUUUAAAGAGAAGGCCCAUGCCAAGGUCGGCUCCCUGGAUAAUGCCAGCCACACUCCUGGAGGGGGGAAUAUUAUGAUCGAGAGCCACAAGCUAAGCUUCCGGGAAUCGGCCAAAGCUCGGGUGGACCAUGGUGCAGAAAUCAUUGUUACUCACUCCCCUGGUAUCGAGACAGGAGGCACUUCCCCGCGCCUGUCUUCCGCAGGCAGCAUCAACCUCCUGGAGUCGCCCCAGCUCUCCACCCUGGCCCAGGAUGUCACCGCUGCCCUGGCCAAGCAGGGCUUAUGAGCUUUUUUGCCUCCACUUUGUACCCCCCCAAAAAAAACACAAUACCACUCAUUCCCAUCAGCCUUGUCCAAUUGUAAACAUCCAAUGCUCCCCCAGCGCCUGCCCACACAGUUCGUCCUUUACAGCCUUCUCAAUGGAGUUUUAAAAACUGAAUUUAAAAAAUUAUUCUUCAUUCUCUCCCUUAAAAGGGGUGCUUCUAGUUCCUCUCUGUUUCAUUUUAUUGCCACGAACGUGGACCUUUAUGUUUUGGUUUUAGAUCAUUUAUCUGAAUGCUUAAGAUUGAGUGGAUGUGUCUAAGGAGGCUUUUUUCAGUUUUUAUGAUUUUAGCAUGAGAGGCAUUACAUUUUGCUUUCAUGGGGACAUCUGCACAACGACCAUUCAGAAUUUCUAUGGUACUGAAUGCAAGAUACAGCUACUAGAUACUAGUCUUAAAGAUACAACUGUGUGAGAGUAAACUCGUAGGAACAUGGUACACACUGUACUGUAAGUGUACCUACUAAAGAAUUGCUGAUGAGCAUGUCUGCUAAAAAUGUGACAUUCUGAGUGAUGGCAAGAAUUUUUGUUUGUUUUGUUGGUUGGAUUUUAUUAUUUUCAUUUCCUAAGAUGUGCUGAAUUGGUGGACAAAUUGUGCUCUCCUGUUACAUUUUCUUUUUAUAUAUGUCACUGUAGUGGAAGUUGUUACAGUUGUGUUUGUCCCCUUUGGCUGCACUGGCUUAAAUGUGGACAACCAUUUUAAUUAUGCUUCGAGUGCUAAAAGACAAGCUUUCUUAUAGAUUGUCCUUUUACUCAAACCAAUGGGCUGCUCUUUUUGUGUGGUUUUAAAAUAGGCAAAUAAAUGUUAAACACAUUACGUCUAUUUGGAGACAUCUUGAACCUUUUGGUGUGCGUGCAAAUGGCCAGGGUGCAUACAGUGGUAGUGUUUAUACUAUAAGGUUUUCAAAAAGGCUCAUAAACUUUCAGCUUCUGCAGAGACUGGGUUUGAAAGGGAAAAUUAGGGGGAAAAAGGGAAUAUUCUUGUGAAAUAAAUGGAAAGUUUGAAGCUUUAUAUUAAAAAGGUCUGUUUGGAAAAAGCACCUGGCUGAUCAUGUUGCGUGACUGAACAAGUGACUUUGGCGAACAUUAAAGCAGAUUAGACAAAGAAUGGAAGGAACCCUCCAUGUGCAUUUCGUAGAAUUCAUUUAGAAAAAGACAAAAAAAAACUGUUCUAGUAUUUCUCUGCUUACCGUGAGACUCCUUUAUUAUCCUCCUCCUAAGUGUUUUUCUGUGCUUCCUAUACCCUUGCUUCCUUGCUUCCUUAUUGCCUGUGUAAGUGUAUUUAAAAUACAGUGUAGAGUGUUUGAGACUUAUUGAUGACAAAUGCUCAUUCAGGAUGAUGACAACAGAAAUAAAGUAAAUAAAAACUA